AUGAAGGAUCAGGUAAAUUCAACGGAUGAUAGUCGUAUGAUGAUGUCCAAGAUUGCAAGGCGCAAAUGUGUUCUCCCAUUUCCUGUUUAUGUACACGAUUUGGAUCAUUGCAAGCAUAAUAUGAGGCAGAAACCUACAGUUAGAAUCAGGAAACCACGAUCCGGGCUUCAUAGCGGCCUCCUAAAUAAACUAGAUAGUGCCAAUGUUGCGCUAGUAACAGGUGAUUGGAGCGUGUCUCUCCUGAAUGUCGAAACGCGUACUUACAAUCUACGCGGUGAAGACACAUCAGAGUCAGAGCAAUCGAGGCGUCAACUCUAUUUGCGUUUAUUAUCAGCGGAGUCAAUAAGUUCUCGGAUAUCGACAGAAAAUGUUGCUUCGACGCAGUGUUUAGAUACAAUGAAAUCCACAAAUCAAAACCCAGUAUAUAGUAAAAAAAUUGAUGAUAAUUCCUCACACAGCCUUGGUCGUGACAGUGCGGUGUCUCUGGUUCCUAUCACGAUGAAAGUGUGUCCCCUUGAAACCGCGGUCGCGUCAUGGCUCACAGAUACGGAUACCAAGAAACCUGUGAUGAUCAGGAUGAAAUCAAAAUCAGGUAAAUCGCCUGUUAUACACGUACAAUCUCUCUCAAGAUCUACGACUAUGGCGGCUACUGGGCCAGUAGCAGGGCGUGCAGGGUCCAAAUCAAACGAUAUCUUCUAUGGGCGUAGUGGUAUUUGCAAGAAAAGUCAAACGAAAAGCUUCAAUACGGGUUCAGCCGAGAUACUCAAUUCGGCGCUAGCUUCACACAGCGGGGAUAUUCAAAUUGAGAAGAAACUGGGACACCUUGUGGUGGACUUCAGUGACAACUAUGCCACACCCCCAGUCACACGCACUAAGUCGGGAAUGAAGGUCAUUAAAAUUCCCGCACGCGUCGAUAAGCAAGCGAUUGCCGAUGAGACUAUUAGUAUUGAUGAUAGAAUAGAUGACGAUUACUGGUUGCAGGAAGACGAGGAUGAUUUGUCUGUCAACUGUACAUCAAUCACAGCGCGCUCGUGUGCGCCUAUAGUAUCGAGAAAUGCCGCCGAUGUCGAAGGCAAGCACAAGGGGUUAAAUCUGACUGAAAUGCUUGGGGAGGACAUGACUUUCAUCGAGUUUUAUGAACUUCUGCGUACCUCAGCCUACGGCUGUUGCCCUUAUAAAAGUCAAGAAGAGUUAUUCGCGGAGUCUAAGCAACAUACGCAACAUGUACGUAAGGUGAAGCAGCUGUUGCAGUCGUAA